CAUGCGCAGUUAUGAAAAUCCACGUGAUUUCUUCAGAAAGUUGUUAUGACGGAAAAGACAACUAGAAACUGGAGUUUAAUUUAGUAAUACAAACUAAGAGAAACGCAGUGAAAAUGGCGUUGGAAAUGUUCAGGAAAGAAGAGACUCUUGCAAUGAGAAAGAAACUGAUUGGGCAGUCUUGCAGACUCUUCUAUUCAGACGAUCCCGUGAAGAUAGUCAGAGCCAGAGGACAGUAUUUGUAUGACGAAAAUGGCAAGCGGUACUUGGACUGUAUCAGCAACGUUCAGCACGGCUUUGUUCAACAAACCAUGGCGGAGUUAGUGCCUACAAAAAGAUGCCAUUACUGUUGCUCUCUAUUGGUGACAUUAUUUUAAUGCAUCUGAUUUGUGGGUCACUGUCAUCCCAGCAUCACACAAGCAGCCACGACGCAGAUGGAGCUUCUGAAUGCCAAUUCGCGCUUCCUUCACGACAAUAUAGUUCAGUAUGCCGACCGCCUCGCUGCCACUCUGCCCGACAAGCUGCGUGUCUUCUAUUUUGUCAACUCAGGCUCAGAGGCCAAUGAUCUGGCAUUACGCUUGGCCCACCAGUACACCCAACAUGAAGACGUCAUUGUGCUUGACCAUGCAUAUCAUGGGCACCUGACUUCGCUCAUCGAUAUCAGUCCAUACAAGUUCCAGAAGCUGACAGGACAGAAAGAGUGGGUUCACGUGGCACCCAUACCAGACACCUAUAGAGGUAUAUUCAGAGAGGACCAUCCCAACCCAGCCCAGGCAUAUGCAGAUACUGUGAAGGAUGUGAUAGACAAGGUGCACCAAAAAGGUCGCAAGGUUUCUGCAUUUUUUUCUGAGUCAUUGCCCAGUGUUGGAGGCCAAAUCCUCUUGCCCAAGGGAUACUCAACUAAAGUAGCAGAAUACGUGCGCUCUGCAGGGGGAGUGUUUGUGGCAGACGAGGUGCAAACAGGUUUUGGGCGUGUGGGGAGCCAUUUCUGGGCCUUCCAGCUGCAGGGUGAUGAUUUUAGCCCUGACAUAGUGACUAUGGGCAAGCCGAUGGGCAACGGACAUCCCCUGUCAUGUGUAGCAACCACAGCGGAGAUCGCUGGGGCCUUCACAGCCAACGGAGUGGAGUACUUCAAUACAUUUGGCGGUAACCCAGUGUCGUGUGCCAUCGGCCUGGCUGUCCUGGACGUGAUUGAGAAGGAGGACCUGAGGGGGAACUCCUCAAGAGUAGGAGGACACCUAUUGGACCGGCUGAGACAGCUACAGACCAAACAUCCAAUCAUUGGAGACGUCCGUGGAGUGGGGCUGUUUGUGGGCUUGGAGAUGGUCACCGACAAAGAACAGAGGACCCCAGCUACAGACGCAGCAGCGCAAGUUGUCAGAAGACUGAAAGAGGAGUAUAUCUGUGUCAGUACAGACGGCCCCUGGGAGAACAUUGUCAAGUUUAAACCUCCCAUGUGCUUCAGUAUGGAGGAUGCAGACUUGGUGGCAGACAGGAUACACCACAUUCUCACAGACAUGGAGCGCAGUCAUCAAAAACUGGACAGUGGAGAUUUCUAAGACGAACUGGAGUCAUCUUGGAGGAAGACAAGGGAAGGAAUGCAGAAGUAUUCAACACAACCAAUCUCACAGAUCCAUACCACAAUUAAGGAUAAAAAUAAAACAAAUCAUUAAGAUUACACUACUAGAUCUAACAACACAAGAAUGGUUUGUGACAAUUCACGAAGUGGAAUUAGUGACUGCUUUUGAUUCUGCAUGAGGGACAUAAGAGAAGCAGUGACAUAUGCAACAGAACGGCAAUACAUUUGUAUUAUAACACAAUGUACAUAUGACUUUUGAUCCUCCUCACAUUUAUACUUCCCUGUGGAAAUACAGUGCAUUCGGAAAGUAUUCAGACCCUUUGACUUUUUCCACAUUUUGUUACGUAACAGCCUUAUUUUACAAUGGAUGAAAUCCUCAAUCUACAUACAAUACAAUAAUACAAUUUUGAUAAUUUAAAGAAAAUUAAAAACAGAAAUACUUUUACAUAAGUAUUCAUACCCUUUGCUAUGAGACUCAAAAUUGAGCUCAUGUGCAUCCUGUUUCCAUGAAUAAACCUUGAGAUGUUUCUACAACUUGGAGUCCACCUGUGGUAAAUUAAAUUGAUUGGACAUGAUUUGGAAAUGCACACACCUGUCUGAGGUCCCACAGUUGACAGUGCAUGUCAGGGCAAAAACCAAGCCCUGAGGUGAAAGGAAUUGUCUGUAGAGCUCCGAGACAGGAUUGUGUCGAGGCACAGAUCUGCGGAAGGGUACCAAGAGAUUUCUGCAGCAUUGAAGGUCCCCAAGAACACAGUGGCCUCCAUCAUUCUUAAAUGGAAGAAGUUUGUAACCACUAAGACUCUUCCUAGAGCUAGCCUCAUGGAGGUGACCAAGAACCCAUUAGUCACUCUGAAAGAGCACCAUCCCUACGGUGAAGGUGGUGGCAGCAUCAUGCUGUGGGGAUGUUUUUCAGCGGUAGGGAUUGGGAAACUAGUCAGGAUCGAGGGAAAGAUGAAUGGUGCAAAGUACAGAGAGAUAUUUGAUGAAGUCCUGAGCGCUCUGGCGCAGGUUCUCAGACUUGGGCGAAGGUUAACCUUUCAACAGGACAACAACCCUAAGCACACAGCCAAGACAACACAGGAGUGGCUUCGGGACAAGUCUCUGAAUGUCCUUGAGUGGCCCGGACUUAAACCCAUUCAAGCAUCCCAGGAAAUAGCUGUGCAGCGGCGCUCCCCAUCUAACCUGACAAGAGCUUGAGAGGAUCUGCAGAGAAGAAUGGGAGAAUCUCCAAAUACAGGUGUGCCAAGCUUGUCGCGUCAUACCCAAGAAUUCAUUUCUGUAUUUUUAUACAUUUACAAAAAUGUCAUUAUGGGAUAUUGUGUUUAUAUUGAGGGAUAAAAAAUAAAAUAAAUAAAACAUUUUUGAAUAAGGCUGUAAAGUAACAAAAUGUGGAAAAGUCUAGGGGUCUGAAUACUUUCCGAAUGCGAUCCAUUGCAUUGCAACUACCGGACUAAGUUUUCCCAUAGGGGAUUUCCGAAACACUUCAAAUAACGAGUUGUGUGUAGGCUUACCCUGGCGUGAUGUUUUGAAAACUGUAAAUCUCUCUAGGACAAGGUGACUUAUCAGAAUAUUCGCCUGUAUUUACCACCCCAAAAUUAAAUCCUAAUUCGCUGCUAAUGUAGCUAUCAUAAAGAACUGCAAAUGCAAAGUUAAUCUGCAAAAUAUUCUUACAUUUAAAAUGGAUCAAGCAACAGCAAAAACCAAUCUAAAGCACAAGUUUUUGCACAUCUGCAUACAGUAAUUGUUUUAUAAUUCACCCACAGACUACAUGCAUAGAAAGACAGGGACACAGAAUAUAUAAAGGCAAUGAAUGAUUAAUAAGAGUGUUGUUAUGGGGUACUGGAGAUUCUCAUGGCCCUCUUCAAGAGUCAUGCGAUGGGUCAGAUCUGCAGUGAAGAGAAUCGGUGCAUUACAACUUUAUACAUUUGAGAUUUUAAAAGACAACUAGAACAGGUCAUUCCUGAAGAAACUUUGUGGACUCAGCUGGCUAAAAGUAUUUCCAAAGUACUAGUUGAAGAAUUUUCACCACGGCGGUCAGGGGCAUAUUUAAGGGCUUUCCAGAGGUACUGCAACACACCAACCUCCUGAUUUAUUUUCUGGCUUUUCAUGAAACUUACUGUAAGCAUACAAAUAAAAUAAAUUGAUUGGCAUAA